ACGGUCCUCUCCCUCCCACUGGCCCAAACGUGUGACAGCCGCUGACUAGAGGGAGUCGGCUGUCGGAGUGUACCUAUUUGCCAGGAUAUGGGCGCCGAAAGUUUCUUCGACAAGAUCCUACUGACUUAGGGCGGUAACGGUAUUCACAGGUUGGGAAGGGGCGGUGGGAGGAGCGGAGAAGCUCUGAACCAUGCUAGCGAACUGUGAUGAGGCCCGGUUUUCCGGGGACGCGGUGGGCGUCUGCGCUGGAGGUGUGUCUUGUAACAGACCGAAAACUACAUUUCCCGGCAUGCUUGUGGUGCCAGAACUACCUUUCCCGAAAGCCUGAGCGAAGCUCAUCCGGUCUUGCGUCUCCUCCCGCCCACCAGAAAACACUGAGGACAUGUGGAGUCGUUGGGCCUGGCGGCUCCUGAGCUCUAAAGACAACCGGGGCUGCUGGGUUUCGACCCCCCGCCGGCCUUUCUCACCGGUCCUGCAGAGAGAUUUCUUUACCACCAUAAACAAGGAAGGAUAUGAUAGGAGGCCUGUGGACAUAACUCCUUUAGAACAAAGGAAAUUAACUUUUGAUACUCAUGCAUUGGUGCAAGACUUGGAAACUCAUGGAUUUGACAAAACACAAGCAGAAACAAUUGUAUCAGCAUUAACCACUUUAUCAAAUGUCACUCUGGAUACUAUCUAUAAAGAGAUGGUCACUCAAGCUCAACAGGAAAUAACAGUACAACAACUAAUGGCUCAUUUGGACUCCAUCAGGAAAGACAUGGUCAUCCUAGAGAAAAGUGAAUUUGCAAAUCUUAGAGCAGAGAAUGAGAAAAUGAAAAUUGAAUUAGACCAAGUUAAACAACAACUAAUACAUGAAACCAGUAGAAUCAGAGCAGAUAAUAAACUGGACAUCAACCUAGAAAGGAGCAGAGUAACAGAUAUGUUUACAGAUCAAGAAAAGCAACUUAUGGAAGCAACCACAGAAUUUACAAAAAAGGAUACCCAAACAAAAAGUGUUAUUUCAGAGACCAGUAAUAAAAUUGACACUGAAAUUGCUUUCUUAAAAACACUGAUGGAGUCUAACAAACUUGAGACAAUUCGUUACCUUGCAGAUCCUACGGAACACUACCAACCUGGCAUCACUUCAAAAUUAAUUUUCACCCUGAAGUUUUUCAGACCACUUGGGUGGUGUGAAUUCAGGCUGUAAUCCUCUAGGAAUUGGCUUAUGGUUGUGAAUUCUGAAGAGAUCGGUACGUUACCUUGUCAUUUGUUUAGCUAUAAACAGUAAUCUAUAGCAUAAAGUAGUCAAGAUAACCGGUCUAUAUGUUCAGAGGCUUUCCAACUAAUUUUCUGCAAGGAUCUGUUGAGUUGUUUUCUUUCUUUUCUUUUUUUGUUUUGUUUUCAAAACAAACUCUAUUUUAACAUUAUUCUGCUGCAUUCUGUUUUGUUUUUUUACCUCAGAAUCCUCUUACCUAAGAGAGUUUUUGCAUACUAUAGAUAAAUUUGUUGAGUUGAUAAAUAAGGCACCAUAUAUGUUAAAACACACUGUAACAAACUACAAUGCAUUUGUUCACUCAACCAGUAUGACUGCCUGCUAUGUGACAAACAGCAUGCCAGUCCUCAUGUGCAUAAAGUGAGCAUAGUGUCACACUCAUGGAAGUGACAAUUUUAGUGGAGAAGAGAGACAUUAAACUAAUAUCAUUGGUUUGGUAACAAUUUAAAAUAUGCUACUAAGAGGGACUGCUUCUUUCCUCCAUGUGAAGGAACCUCCAGUAGCAUAACAUUGUCAUCAUCACUCCAUCCCCUCAUUCACUCUGCUCUAAGGGAGGUAAAGUGACUUAGUCAUUGUAAAUCUGGAAGGUGAAGUAAGGCCCAAAUAGCCCAACUACUUCCUUCCCAUUCCCUCACUCCUGCUUGUGACCAGCCUGUCUGCAGAAAACAUUGAUUCUCUCUGCUCUGCUCUCAUGUGAUCAAGCUCUGCCUCUGCAGGGUGAGACCUUCCCCAGUAUAGCAAUGCUUGAGGUGGAAUAAAUCUAUCCAAUCCUAGAAGCUCAGUGGGCUGAGGAUGGUAAUUCCUGCAAGUUACCCUGUACUGUUUAAAGAGGGGAGGGGCCCUUGGUUCCAGGAACUUCACACCCCUUCCCAGAAAUCUUCUGAAUAAUACUCUGCUUAACAUAAAACUAAACAGAAGAUAUAAGACCCUAGAAACUCACAGAGGGCUAUUCUGUCUUACUCUAAGAGAUAACUGCUGCUCUGCCUUCUGUUUGUAACUUCAAUAAAAUUGAUUUUGCUUUACUCGGUCAGCUCACUCUUGAAUUCUUUCAACCCUCAAGCUAAGAACCCACUGGGCUUUCAGGGCAGACCCCAGUUUAGAGGUCAGCUUUCCUAUAUCAUUAAGACUAGGCAAGAGUCAAUAAAAACACUGCACCUUAUUUGUAAAACAUUUCAAGGCUUUUAUGAUGCCCAUUUUGUCAAAUUUUAGAUGUGUACCAUUUUAAGUUAAUUUUUAAAGCAUAUUUUUUAAUAUAAAGAAUAAGUGGAAAAGGCUCUGGUCACUGUCAUUGAAAUUAAUGACCAUCAUUUGAAGAAAAAUAGCAACCAUUUACUAUAUGACAGAAAAUAAACUAGGUAAUAGGUGUCAACAAGCCUGUUUUUCACACUCUCCUAAGAAGGAGAUAUUAUCCUGAUUUUACACCUGAACAAACAAGCUUAGUGAAGGCAAGAUCACCCAGCAAGUAAGUCACAUGGACUCAAGUCUUUAAAUCUUGUGCUGUCACUCAAUAUACUAGUAAUCUCCAACUUGAGUACUCAAGACAUGCAUCUCCUGAGUCUUAGGAACAAAAAUAACUUAAGUCUCUUUUUAACAUCAUUUUCACUCCUGUUUUUUGUGUUUUAUUAAUGUAACAACCCUAUUCUGGUAUUUCCUUCCUCACUGGGAAAGAAACUAGAGAAAACUGGAGCAAGUAUAACACUGUUUCCAAGCUUGGGAUUAAGUUUUUCGCUUUAUCAGUUUAAAAGGAAAAGUAAGGCUGUGUGUACUCCCAGAAGAUAAGGGAAACCUUAUUUAGAAUUCCAGCAGCAGUUAAGAGAAUUCAGACUCUUAACUUUUCCUGCCAAGGUUAGAAUCCUGGGUCUGUAUUUGUCAUCCUAGACACAAGUACUUAAUCUCCACCUAUAAAAUACACUUAGCUUGUAAUGGCUAUUGUGAGAAUUAAGAGACAGUAAAGGACUUGGCAUAGAUCUCACAUGAAGUACCCAAUAAAUGUUCACAACUAUUAUUACUAUAGUUUGAAAGCCUAUUGGAAACCACAGAAAAACUAACAGUAUUGAAUAUGAGAGUUAUCAAAAGGACAAGCCAUUUUUUAACCCUAGUUUAUAGACCUUUGACCAGGUAAACUGGUCUCAGCAAUCAAAUGUAGUCAUGUCAGGUCAAACUAGUCCCAGUGAUACUGGAUCAAAUGGACUUUAGCAUCCAUGUAAGGUGCAUCUAGGGUCCAGGUGGGCAUUCUGGUGUAUGGUGAGGAGGCAGCUGCCAGUGAAGCCCAAAGCUAGUGAUCAGAUCUUCAGGGGGAAACAGAAGCUAGAUAACUGCCCCCCAAGACAGUCACAAAUAUCUGCUAACUCUUGAAGGGAAGAAAGGAAAAGAGAUGGUGAGGCUAGGGGAAAAGAGAAAAUUCAAGUCACAACUGAACUAAAAUUCGUUUUUGGUCAGUAUAGUACAACUAAUCUUGGGGAGAAAAGGAAAAGAAUUAUAAAGCCGUGUGUUCCUUACCCUGUCCAAUCUGCCUCUUCUCUACAUUCCUUUCUUUAAAAGCUCACAAGACAGAACCGGUUGAAUUCUGAAGCAGAUUAUUUAAAUGAGUAUCCUUAGCAAGCACACCUUUUUUUUUUUUUUUAAGAUAGUUUAAUUUUGUCACCCUCUGUAGAGUGCAAUGUUGUUAUGGCUCACAGCAACCUCAAACUCCUGGGCUUAAGCAAUCCUCUUGCCUCAGUCUCCCAAAUAGCUGGGACUACAGGUGCCGGCCACAAUGCCUGGCUAUUUUUAGAGCCAGUCUUAAACUCCUGAGCUCAAGCAAUCCACCCACCUCAGCCUCCCAGAGUACUAAGAUUACAGAUUUGAGCCACCACAUCUGGCCUAAGCACACAUUUCUUGCCUUUUACAAGACCUCUGUUUCAGGGUUUGGUGGCAGGGGGAGGGGAAGAGGAAAGGGGCAUUGAGACAGAGUCUCACUGUUUCGUUCUGAAUAGAGUGCUGUGGCAUCAUAGCUCACAGCAACCUCAGACUCUUAGACUCAAGUGAUCCUCUUGUCUCAGCCUCCUGAAUAGCUGCUAUUAUAGGUGCCUGCCCAACAUCUGCUAGUUGUUCUAUUUUUAGCAGAGAUGGGGUCUCACUCUUCUCAGGCUGGUCUCCUGGAGCUCAAGUAAUCUACCCACCUCAGCCUCCCAGAGUGUUAGGAUUAUAGGCAUGAGCCACCGUGCCCAUAGAGUUUCACUUUAUAUAAAACUUUCCUCAACGAGAUACUUGAUUGCUAACCAUAAAGUUCUUUUCUAAAACUUAAUGGUCUUAAGUUGCAGUUUCUUCUAAUUCUAGGUGCUUUUUAAAAAUUAAGUCAUUUGAAAAAUUAAAAUUAUACAUAUAUACGUAUAUAUAUAUUCUACAUUAAUAGUGAAUGGUACUUUCUAGAAAUUGAAAGAAACAUUAUGGAGCCAGAGUAGUUUUUUUUUUUUUGUUUUUUGGGGUUUUUUUUGAGACAGAGUCUCACUAUGUUGCCUUUGGUAGGCAGAGUGCCAUGGUGUCACAGCUCACAGCA